UCGUAACGUUACUGGCCGGCUUCUGAUAUUCAAAUUCAAAAAAAAGAACCUCCCUCUCCUUUUCCUCUUCCCUGCACUGCUCACCCACUAAAUUAAUUCUUUCUCUGCUGCAAAAGACCUCUUUCUCUCCCAAUAAAUUCGCUGAAAAUUUUGAAUUUAUUGAUCAAAUUUAAACCAAAAAUGGAGGAAGAACCUCUUACUUCGUCUUCUUCUUUCCUUUUCAAAGACAUUUCCAACUUCAAGACCCCCAAUCGCCCUUCCAAGCCUCCCAUUUUCCACUCACCAUGUCCUCAGUACUUCACUGCUUCCAAGCAAACCCCGAGGACUUCUUCGUCAUUUCGUCACCGUUCUCGACCUUCCUUUGCUCCUUCCUCUUCCCGCUCCAGAUCCAAAGCCGCUGCCGCAGCCAAGCUCAAAGCCUUCGAGCUGCAGCAAUCUCAGUCGGCUCGCAAGGAACAGCUCAAGAAAGAACAAUCGCUCAAGUCAUUGUCCAAAUCUCUCACCGUUUGGUUGAAUUUCCUCUUCCAGAAUCCCAAGUCUUGUGGUUGUGAUCUCUCCAUUAAUGGCCGCGACGAUAGCAAUGUUGUUCGAGUGGAUAGUACCUGGAGAAGCCCCAAAAGGAUGAGGGAGUUGUGGUGGAGAGGGGAUGAAUCAGAGGAAAACAUAGCCGCGGAUAUUUCCAGCUCCAAGUAUUCGAUUUUGAGGUCUUCCUUGAAGGAAGUUUGUAGUUUCGAUGAUUUGAAGCUGCGGAUGCGGGUUUAUUUGAGUUUGGGAAAUUGCAAGGAGAUUCUCAAUGCCAUGACUCAAGUCGUUAAGAAUAUAGAUGAAGGGAGGCUAAAAAUGAAGGCACAUUGCCCUAUUGUUACUGAUGUUAGAAUGAAGGAAAAUGCUACUAAAAUUCUGAUGUCUUACAACCCUAUUUGGCUCCGUAUCGGGUUGUAUAUUAUUUUUGGCGGUGAUUCCCUGUUAUCAUCUGAUGGAGAUAAUAGUUUCAUGCAAGAUAUUUCAUUUUUGAAGAUGGUUAUAGAAAAGCAGUUUUUCUCGCACCCUGGGCUCGCAAAGGCUUAUGCUUAUAACAAGAAGGUCGAAGGCUUAUACAGACCGGGAUACUAUGAGAAUUUGGGGAAUGUUAUAUUGAAGAGAAUUUUGUUGCUUGUUCUUAUCCUUGAUCGAGCUAAAUCUCAGACCACUCUUCCUCUUAAGUACGGUAUUGAUGGAGUGGAUGGAGGUUCUCCUCUUCUGUUCACAGUUUCAUCUGGUAUAAAAUCAAGUCGUCAAGUCCUUAAUGAUUUUCUGUCAUCUGAUGUUAUGCACGGAGAAGGUAAUCUUCUCGCACAUCUAGUGAUUGUAGGUUACAAAGUUUCUCAUCAGCAGUCUGCCCUUGUUGAGUUCGAUUUCCAAGUAUCAGAUUUAUUCUUGGAUUUUCAAGAAGGGGUGCGGCUCUGUAGAGUAAUUCAACUUUUGCGACAUGACCCCUCUAUCCUCAUGAAAAUAGUAGUUCCUUCAGAUACGCAGAAAAAGAAUUUGGCCAAUUGUGGUGUUGCCCUGGAAUAUUUGAAACAGGCUGGUGUCAUGCUAUGUGAUGAAGACGGAUUGAGGAUUACAGGAGAUGAUGUUGCUAGUGGGGAUAAGGAACUCACUCUAUCCUUGCUGUGGAAUAUUUUUGUUCACUUACAGCUGCCUCUUCUGAUUGAUAAAACAACUAUUGCUGAUGAGAUAUCCAAAAUAGGUGGCUUUAAUAUGGAUAGCUUGAAUGUAAUCAAUUCCACUCUUAUGGGAAUACUUUUAAAUUGGAUCCAGGCAAUUUGUGGAAAGUAUGAUCUUAAGAUUGACAGCUUUUCUUCUCUGGAUAAUGGAAAAGCCAUAUGGUGUUUGCUUGAUUAUUACUUCCGCAGAGAACUGUCUUGUUCUUGUUCUUGUUCUAACAAGGAUUCUCAUGAACCAAGAGGUGAAAAAUCAAUCAUGUCUGCUACUGAUUACACAGAUGCAGUUCACAAUUUUAUAUUAUCACAGAAGCUGACAACAUUGUUGGGAAAUUUUCCUGAGGUUCUGCAAAUAAGCGACUUACUUGAGCAUAAUGGCGCAGUCAGUGUUCAGAGUGUAGUAAUUUUGCUCGUUUUCCUGUUGUCCCAGCUUAUUGUCAAGAAAAAUGUGGAUCAGUUGAAUUUCCAUAAACUACUGGGUUGCGGUUGCCAAAGUCUAGAGAGGAGGCAUUCAUUAACUCGAAGACAGUCAGCAAAUUCAGAUACCAUUGUGCACAAUAAGGAAAGAGACAUAGAUAUCACUAAAGAUGCUGCUAAAAAGUUCAAGGCCAUUCAGGCUUGGUGGCGAAAUAUGACAGAACAAAACUACAAGAGUUCUGUAAGAUCCGCCACUUCUAUUUCGGAUUGUUCCACAGCUCAGAAGACAAGCUUUGACAUUUUAAGAGAAAAUGCUGCAACAAUCAUACAGUCUCACUAUAGACGACUGAAAGAACGUCGCAAUUUUCUGAAGAUGAUGAAAGCAAUCUGUUUAGUCCAAACUGUUGUACGGACAUGGUUGACCGUAAAGAAAAAUACAAAGAUCAACAAAUUCUGUUCUGCCAGUGGUCAGGAAUUUCGAUCUGAACUCAAGAGAGUUGCAACGCUUAUUGUUGAGAGACACAAUUUUGUUAAUUUAAGAAGAGCAGUGUUGCUCACACAGCAAGCUGCAAAGAUUUAUAUAGCUCAAAGACGUGAUGCAUCCUGUCUUGACCCUGUCAAAGCUGCCAUUGUAAUUCAAAAAUAUGUUCGUGGUUGGAUGGUGAGGUCAUACCACAUUCUUGGUCUUGCUUGCACUGAGAAUGCAUCUCUUAAGUGCCAAGUCAAGGGUCUAAAUAAUAGUGAAAUAGAAGCGGCAACCAGGAUUCAGAUUGCAUGGAAGAAUUUUCUUCACAGAUCUCUACACAAACGAACUUACGCUGCAACUAAAAUUCAGAGCUAUUAUCGCGGUUGGAGGUUGAGGAUGAGGUUUAUGAAGCAGAAGCAAGCAAUAACAAAAAUUCAAAGUAAUUUCCGACGGCUAAAAUGUUGGAGGGCCUUUCAGAAUGCUUGGAAGGAAUUUAUCUGUAGAACUCUUCAGAAUCAGACCUUAGCUGCAACCAGAAUUCAGAGUCAUUUCCGUGGUUGGCAGUUAAGAAGGAAUUUUAUGAAGAAGAAGCAAGCAAUAAUUAAAAUUCAGAGUCAUUUCCGUGGUUGGCAGUUAAGAAGGAAUUGUAUGAAGAAAAAGCAAGCAAUAAUUAAAAUUCAGAGCAAUUUCCGGCAGCAAAAAUGCUUGAGAGCUUUUCAACAAUAUAAAAAUGCCAACAGAUCAGCGAUCAUCAUUCAAUCUUUUGUGCGUGGAUGGAUGGCAAGGAGAGAAGCUCGGAGAUAUAGGUUUCUUGUUGUUAUGAUCCAAUCUCAUUGGAAAGGUUAUGUUGCACGGAAAGAAUCGAGAGGGCAGCUAAAGGAUUUACGCUUGAGAAUGGUGGAGUCUGCUAAGAACGUUGAUGAUAGCAAACGUAUUAUUAACAGGCUUUUAUCAGCACUUUCAGUACUACUAAGCAUGAAAAGCAUCAGUGGCAUUCUUCACCAUUGUGAGACCCUGGAUAUGGCAACAGCCCAUUCUCAGAAAUGCUGUGAAGAACUUGUGGCCGCGGGUGCAAUCGGCAUUCUACUGAAACAGAUUCGGUCAGCCAGUCGAAGCAUCCCUGAUCAGCAGGUUCUAAAGCAUGCACUCUCAACCCUCAGAAACUUAGCCCGAUAUCCCCAUUUGGCCGAAGUGUUAAUCGACACUCCUCCAUCAGUAGAGAUAAUCUUAUGGGAGAUGCUCAGGAACAAGGAAGAAGGUUACUUUAUUGCUUCCGAGAUCUUGAAGAAGAUAUGUUCAAAUCCGAAAGGUGUGAAAGCUGUACACAAGUUUCCUGCUCUUUUGAAGAGACUAAACACUCUUGUUGAAGAACUUACAAGGAAAUUAAACACUGAAAAAAGAAAUCCUCGUACUGUUGUCCAAAAAGAGAACACAGAUAGAAGAUGGAAGGAGGCAGUCCAACUUCUUAGACUGAUAACAAAUGGUUAUCGAAUCCAGUAAUUAUCGUAUCUGUUAGCAAAUGUUGAUAUGUGACUGAUUUGCAUCCUCAAUGCAAAGGUUGUGUUUGUUGUUGUAUGUGUGACUUAUUCAGAUUCUAUUCUCUGCAAAUGAAUAUGAUUUGAAUUGUUAGAUGCA